UACACAUUCGAAUCACUUUCAAGAAAAAAAACACUCCAACACUAAAUCUUUCUCCACAAAAAUGUCAAAAGGAGAAGGAAGAAGCCGCAAGAAAUGCUUAGCAUACGUCGCAGCAUUCAUAGUGUUCCAAACAGCCGUCAUUUUAGUCUUCGCUCUAACAGUUAUGAAGAUCAAAAGCCCGAAGGUGAGGUUCGACGCUAUGGUUGUCGAAAGCUUCAGCUCCAGCAACAGCACCGCCACUUCCAUCAACAUGAAGCUGCUCGCGCAACUCACUAUUAAAAACACCAACUUCGGCCAUUUCAAGUAUGACGAGAGCACCCUCGUCAUACUGCACAAGGGUGUGCCACUCGGGGAGCAUGUUAUCCCCAAGGGGCGCACCAAGGCCAAGAAAACGCAGAAGUUUGAGAUCUCCGUGGAUGUAAGCACGGCUAGGGGAUCGGGUCCUGAAUUGAGAAAUGAGAUCAAUUCUGGGAUUUUGAAGCUCAGCAGCCAAGCAAAAUUGAGUGGGAAGGUGCAUUUGUUUAAGGUUAUCAAGAAGAAGAAAUCUGGGGAAAUGAAGUGUGAUUGGGACAUUAAUUUGGGCACUAGACAGGUGGAAAAUUUGAUAUGCAAUUAAUUUUUUUUUUAUUUACAUAUAUACACGUAUAUGUAUAUGAUUUUCGUCGUAGGGAUUUGUUGUAUUUAUUUUGUAUUUUUCCUUUACCUGUGCUAUUGAUUUAAUUUUAUUUCA